AUGAAAGAGUUGAGCUCCAAUCCAAAAUUCAUUUUUGAAAAUGCCACCAGGACUGACAUUUGUCAAGGAGCGCUUGGUGACUGCUGGCUCCUCGCAGCAAUCGCUUCCUUGACCCUCAACAAACAGGUUUUGACUCGGGUUGUACCCCACGACCAGAGCUUUGACAAGAACUACGCAGGCAUCUUUCACUUCGAGUUCUGGCAGUUUGGUGAGUGGGUGGAUGUGGUGGUCGAUGACCGUUUGCCCACCAAAGAUGGAAAGCUGCUGUUUGUUCACUCAGAGGAGGGAUCCGAGUUUUGGAGCGCACUGCUGGAGAAGGCAUAUGCCAAGUUGAAUGGAUGCUACGAGGCUCUCUCUGGAGGCAGUACCAUUGAGGGUUUCGAGGAUUUCACUGGAGGCAUUUCUGAGAGGCAUGACCUGACAAAGGCGGAUCCCCAUCUCUUCAAAAUCAUUAAGAAGGCUCUGGAGAGAGGAUCCCUUCUGGGAUGCUCCAUUGAUAUCACUAGCGCGAGUGAUUCAGAAGCUGUCACUUAUCGCAAGCUGGUGAAGGGUCAUGCCUAUUCAUUGACGGGAGCAGACCAGGUUGAAUACAACGGUGACGUGGUGCAGUUGGUCAGGAUUAGAAACCCAUGGGGUCAGGUUGAGUGGAAUGGAGACUGGAGUGACAACUCUCGCAAUUGGAGAUAUGUGAGUGAUGAGGAUCGGAAGAGGCUGACCAACCAUUGUGAGGAUGGGGAAUUCUGGAUGUCAUUUCCUGACUUUCUGCGCCAAUAUUCUCGCCUUGAAAUAUGCAACCUCACCCCUGAUGUCCUCACAGACGACUACAAGAAAUGGGCAGAGUCCGAGUUUGAAGACACAUGGAGGAUGGACGUGUCAGCUGGUGGCUGCAGAAACUAUCCAAAUUCCUUCUGGAUGAAUCCUCAGUGUGUCAUAAAGCUGGAUGAGGUGGAUGAUGACCCUGAUGAUGGCGAGGAGGGUUGCACCUUCAUCGUGGGCUUGAUGCAGAAGAACAAGCGUAGUAGGAGAAAAAUGGGGGAAGACAUGGAGACCAUUGGUUUUGCCAUCUACGAGCUGCCUGAGGAGUACUAUGGCAAAAGGCAGGUGCAUCUGAAGAAGAACUUCUUCAAGUACAAUGCCUCAGCAGCGCGCUCUGAGACCUUCAUCAACCUGCGGGAAGUGUGCAGCCGCUUCAGUCUUCCCCCUGGAGAGUACCUCAUCAUCCCCUCCACCUUCGAGCCCAACAAGAAUGGAGACUUCUAUGUGCGAGUGUUCUCUGAGAAACAGGCUGAUUUCCAGGAGAUUGACGAUCCUGUGGACUGCCAUGUUCAGGAGAUUAAUGUUGAUGAAGAUGACAUCAGUGACCAUUUCAAGAAACUGUUUGGUCAGCUUGCCGGACACGAUGUGGAGAUUUCUGUGUUCGAGCUGCAGAAAAUCCUCAACAGAGUGGUGAUGAGGAGAGAUGACAUCAAAACCGAUGGAUUCAGUCUGACAACUUGCCGCAACAUGGUCAACCUGCUGGAUAAAGAUGGAAGCGGCAAGCUAGGAUUGGUAGAAUUUAAGAUCCUAUGGUCAAAGAUUGAGAAAUUCCUGGAUCUUUACAAAGGCAAAGACGUAGACCAAAGUGGCUGUAUGAGUUCCUCUGAGAUGCGGGUGGCUGUUGAUGAAGCAGGAUUCUCUCUCAACAACCCUCUGCAUCAGAUUAUUGUGGCCCGUUACAGUGAUGCAGACCACUCCAUCGACUUUGACAAUUUUGUCUGCUGCCUGAUUCGCUUGGAGUCGCUCUUCAAGACCUUCAAGACCCUGGAUAAGGACGGGUCAGGUCAUGUAGAGCUGGGUUUUCUUGAGUGGAUGAAUCUGGUGAUGUUGUAGAGGAGCCCUGACUGUUUACAGUUGAAGAAUCCACUUUUGUGCUGAUGAAUCAUCAUAUCUGUGUAUUUGCUGCAGGUUUUCUGGUGAAUGUCUUUUGCAAUGAAUGGACUUUAUAUUUGAGUGAAAACUAUUGCCGAUGGCCUGAGUAUCCAUAAACAAAAUAAUGCCACAGUCAAAUAAUAAUGUGUUUGAUUAGUAUUCAAUAAAAAA